CCAGUAGAGUCGCAACGUUCACUGCUGCUGCUUCAUUUCAUAAUUACCGAACAGAUUUUUUAAUAUUUGAGUAAAUAUGAAAUUAAAAACAUACAUUUUCAUCACGAUCAUCUUGACUUUGUUGUGCUUUAGCUAUAGCAAUGAAAUUUGUCUGAAGCUUAACAAUGUCACUAUAGCUGACCUGAAUAAUAUUCCAAUAAAUGUUCCAAUUGAAGAUUUGCCGGAUAAAUUUAAGUGUUACUGCAGAUGUUUGCUAAAGGAUAUAUUGGAUGAGAAUGGUAAAAUGGACGUGGAGCUUGCGCUGAAUAGCUAUCCGGUGGCAUAUGUCGAAAAAGUGAAGACCUGCAAAAAGCGAUACGAUCAUAUGGAGUCGGAAUCGUGUAAUUACGCGGCUUUUGCAUUUAGCUGCCUACACUUUGAACAAAUAACCUAAACAGAACCUAAACACAAAUAAAUUGACAGAGAACAGGCUAAUAAAUGCUCGUUAAGAAUUGAGAGAUUUCCAAUUAUCAGAGCAACUUAUAAUAUUAAGUUCAAGCUGAAGCUGUUAAAAAUGAUGGAAAUAAUAUACUUUUGAUUAAAUGAGA